AUGUGUAUGGGUUUUCCUAGCAUCCCCAACAUCGCUCUCUUCCAUCACUGCAUUCCCAGUUUCACCGUCCAGGUCCUGGUCACUGGGCAGACCGGUGGCUGCGAGGAUCUGUUCUUAAAGAAGGUCUCUGACCGCCUUCCCGAGAAAAAUCUCAAACCAGAGAGGUACCGAGAGGACUCCGGCCACUUCCUGCUGGUCUUCUGCCCGGUGGUCUCUCGGGUGGGCACCGACAUGCAGAAUGCGCUGGAACAUCUCCAAGGUGAGUCGAAGUCUGUCUUGGUGAUGCUGCAUCACAAACCGAAAGAAUACGACCGCUUUCUGGACACCACGCUGCAGGCGCAACAUCCGGCCGUGGUGCGCACCGUCCACGCUCGCUACACACUUGAAGAUGGACUCUACGGCUGCCAGGUGAACAAGGAGGCCGUGGCUGCUGUGGCUGAAAUCCUCAAGGUCCAUCGCAAAAAGAUGACCAAAGAGCCUUCCGACCCUGCGGUCAAGCGAUCUCUCCUGGCCCAAUUGGUGCUGCCAAAAAGCAGCCAGCGAAGAGGCAACCCACCAAACUCGGAGCGUCAGUGGCCAAAGCAGAAGCCUCCGGCGGACGGAAGAGGCCAGAGGUUGGAAGACUGGGAGCCAAGGAAGAAAAGAAACUGGUAUUCACGUCCCAGGAAAGACUUUCCCAUCCAGGUGCUUGUCACCGGGCAGAUCGGGGACUGCGGCAAUGAGUUCUUACAGAGGGUCUCUGACCGCCUUCCCAAGAUAAAGCUCAAGAGGAAGAGGUACCGAGGGGACUCCAGCCACUUCCUGGUGGUCUUCUGCCCGGUGGUCUCUCGGGUGGGCACCGAUAUGCAGAAUGCGCUGGAGCAUCUCCAAGGUGAGCCCAAGGCCAUCUUGGUGAUGCUGCAUCACAAACCGAAAGAAUACGACCACUUUCUGGACACCACGUUGCAGGUGCAACACCCGGCCGUGGUGCUCACCGUCCACAUUCGCUACACACUCGAAGAUGGCCUCUAUGGCUGCCAGGUGAACAAGGAGGCCGUGGCUGCUGUGGCUGAAAUCCUCAAGGUCCAUCGCAAAAAGGUGAGGAAGCCCUGUCAUUCCUGGCCCAUCGUCCUGAACCUGGGAUCUGCAGUGCUUUGGAUGUGCUACUACUUGCAGAAAUCUCACUAUGAGAUCACGCUUCCGUUUCUGGUGAAGGACCGCGACUACUUUGUGGGCAGCAAGCUGCAGGCUCAACACCUGGCCAUAGCACAUCCAGUCCAUGUUGGCAACACGCUUCAAGAUGGCGUCAUCCAAACUUCAGGAGUCAAAGAGCUUUAG